AUGCUUCCUAUAUUUGUUUUGGUUUCUAUGACUGUAUUGAGUGUCAGCACAUUGAUGGGGUCAAUAUCCAAUUCAAUCAUCAUUGCAGUAAAUGUCAUAGACAAAGUGAAGGGUAAGCUUCUCAGUCCCUCAGACACCAUCGUAGUAACAAUGGGCAUAUCAAAUGUGUUUUUUCAGUUCAUAAUGCUCGCAAAUGACUUCCUAAGCUUCCUCGAGAAUGAUCUUUACUACUCUGAAAGGGUGUAUAUUCUAUUCUCAGUCACUAUUAACCUUCCUAUCUACAUUAGCUUCUGGUUUACAGCAUGCCUGUCCAUCAACUACUAUUUCCAGAUUGUCAUAUUCACUCAUCCAUUUCUCAUCCGACUAAAGGAUGCAGUCUCCAAACAUAUUCCGCAGUUGAUAAUGGUCUCUGUGAUGGUAUCAAUAGCCACAUGCCUACCAGUAAUCUGGUACACCAACAUCAAUAAGCAAGACUUGAACAUGACUGGGAAUCUGACUGUGGAGGCCACUUUUCCAGAACUUGAUAUGGCUUACCUGAUCAUCAGUAGCCUGGUUAGCUGUUCUCUACCAUUAGUCCUUGCCGGAAUUGCCGAUGGACUGAUCAUUAGGUCUCUGAUAAAUAACAGGUCGGACAAGACUGCUAAAGGAGAUAUGAGUGCUCGGGCAGAAGGACGUAUUAGAGCAGCCAGAACAAUAAGCUGUUUACUGUUUAUUUACAUCUCAUUUUACAUAUCAGAAUUACUUAUGUUUACAGAAGUUUUCCCUCCAACUAGUCCAGGAUUUUGUGUCUGUUUGAUGGUAAUAUACACAUAUGCACCAGCACAAUCUGUUGUACUCAUUUUUGGUAGCCCCAAACUGAAAUAUGCUGCUCUCAGAAUAUUCCGCUGUUUGCUAAGUAUUCAUGAAGAAGAGUCUAAAAAUGCAACUGUCUCUUGUAUUGAUGUUAAUAAUCAGAAGACAUCACAAUCGUCAGAAGGUUGA